AUGGCUCCUCCCACCGCCGCCGAGAGCGCCUCACCGAUUGGCAUUGCCAACCUCCCUAACCAGCGUCACAAGAUUGUCGCCAAGAGGGGAGCUGGCUUCACCAUCAUGGUUGCCGGCGAGUCUGGCCUCGGAAAGACCACCUUCAUCAACACGCUGUUCUCCACGACCAUCAAGAACUAUGCCGACCACAAGCGACGACACCAGAAGCAGGUCGACAAGACGGUCGAGAUUGAGAUUACCAAGGCCGAGCUCGAGGAGAAGUUCUUCAAGGUUCGCCUGACCGUCAUCGACACCCCCGGCUUCGGCGACUACGUCAACAACAGGGACUCGUGGAUGCCCAUCAUCGAGUUCCUCGACGACCAGCACGAGUCCUACAUGCUGCAGGAGCAGCAGCCCCGCCGUCAGGACAAGAUCGAUCUCCGAGUCCACGCCUGCCUGUACUUCAUCCGUCCCACCGGUCACACCCUCAAGCCCCUCGACAUUGAGGUCAUGAAGAGGCUGUGCUCCAGAGUCAACCUCAUCCCCGUCAUUGCCAAGGCCGACACCCUCAGCCCCUCUGACCUCGCCCGUUUCAAGCAAAGGAUCCAAGCCGUCAUUGAGGCCCAGAACAUCAAGAUCUACCAGCCGCCGAUCGAGGAGGAUGACGAGGCCGCCGCCCAGCACGCGCGCAGCCUCAUGGCCGCCAUGCCCUUUGCCGUCAUUGGCUCCGAGAAGGACGUCAAGACGGGCGACGGCCGCAUCGUCAAGGGUCGCCAGUACUCGUGGGGUGUCGCCGAGGUCGAGAACGAGGACCACUGCGACUUCAAGAAGCUGCGCUCCAUCCUCAUCCGCACCCACAUGCUCGACCUCAUCCACACCACCGAGGAGCUGCACUACGAGGCCUACCGCGCCCAGCAGAUGGAGACGCGCAAGUUCGGCGAGGCCCGCCCCCGCAAGCUCGACAACCCCAAGUUCAAGGAGGAGGAGGAGGCGCUGCGCAAGCGCUUCACCGAGCAGGUCAAGAUCGAGGAGCAGCGCUUCCGCCAGUGGGAGCAGAAGCUCAUCGCCGAGCGCGACCGCCUCAACAAGGACCUCGAGCAGACACACGCCCAGAUCAAGCAGCUCGAGACGGAGCUCGAGGCCAUGCAGGGCACCGGCGCCAUCCGCAGCCACGGCCGCCGUUAA